AAAGGAAAACAAAGAAAGAACGUAGAAUAGUGUGAAAGUAAAAGGAAAGAAGCCAAAAGAGAAAGAGGAAAAAAAAAGGAGAAAAAAGCAGAGUAGCCACCACCACCCCACCCACACAUGGCUUUAUAAAGAAGGCAUGGAGCUUCUUUGAACUUCCCCCUUUCCUCUUUCUUCUCUCUCAAUUACUCCAUUGCUGAUAAUACAUCUCCACAAUGAGCUUCUACAAUAUUGAAGACUCUAUCUCUGGUUUCACAAUAGGGCAAGCUAUAUAUGAAGCAGCUCUACUCAUAGCAGUUCUGAGAUGGGUUCUGUGCUUGGCUUUCAGAGUUAUGAAAUCUAGGACACAAUCUCUUAACGCCCCACCUGAACCUUCUUCUUCUUCUUCAUCAUGGGAAUCUUCCAGUUUCAACCCUCUACCUUUGACCACUUUUGGUGAGAUCAUGGAGAGGCUGCCAGAAACUGAGGACACAUGUGCUGUGUGCUUGAACCAGCUGAAAAUUGAAGAUGAGGUUAGGGAGCUCAUGAAUUGCUACCAUGUUUUCCACAAGGAAUGCAUAGAUAGAUGGUUGGAGCAUGACCAUGAGAGUGAAAACCACAACGCCACUUGCCCUCUCUGCAGAGCCCCUCUACUGAGUUCUUGUUGUCUUUCAUCAGAGAGCUCAAGCUGUGUGCCUCCUCCUCAACCUAGCUGGGCUGUGGAGAGACUUCUCUAUCUCUUUGGGGAUGAUCUGCUUCCAUGUUAGCUAGUCGCGCGUGUUCCGCAGAGAAGCUUCUGUGAGCAGCUUCCGGCGUGUGUCAGAGUCGAUUCUAGGAAAGGGAAGCGGAUCUAAACAUGCUGAUGAUUUGUUUAUGAAAUUAUAAACUAUGCAAAGAUAGAUUAGGGAAUUCAUUAUUUGUUGAGUUUUCACUGUGAUCAUCAUCACAAAUAUUAUCUGAGUUGAAAUCCUCUUGCCUUGUUGGGUGCUGCAGCAAGAUAAUAAGUUAGAUACCACCAAACAAAUUAGCUAGCUAGGAGUCUGUGUGUUUGUACAUAUAAAUUUCACAUUUAACUUAUUGCUUCUAAUAUAUUCCAUGAUUGAAUUUAUGAUUA